AUGAGCAACCAGCAACAAGACUUGAUCUUCUUCCAAGACAAUUCCUUGUUGUCCGAGGAAAUAAUAACUUCAGAAAGCUCAGUUUUAUCAGUGAUAUCACAUGUACAGGGUACAUCACCAUCGUGGCUCCUCAACUCAUUGAUUGAGAAUGGAUUAAAUGGCACAGCAACAUUAAUUAACAAUGAUCUUAAUAAGAAGAGAUCAAAUAGAGCAGAGGUAUUUUUCGUUUCCUUUUUGCACUCGAAAGACUUCUACAUCCAAAAUUGCAAGAAGAAUGGAUUGGAUUUGGGACACUUCACAAACUUUCAUUUCAUAGAUUGUUUUACCAACUUGUUCACAAAGUAUAUCAAGGACUUUAAGGAAUCAUCUAGAGGAGUGAGCGAGAUCUUUGGGCAAAUUGAGAAACAGGUUGAAGCAGUUGGUGGAACCAGAAAAAUCGUUUUCAUAGAAGGACUCGAGCUCCUUCUUUUAUCUAAUGCUGGUAAAGCAAAUGACCUCUUGUCUCAUAUAUUGAAGUUGAACAGGAAAUGUCGCCACUUGCUUGUUGUAAGCGCUCAAGACUCCCCCCAGAUUGUUAAAUUGCAUGCCAACACAACCCAAGACCCUGCAUUCGAAGUUUCAGACUUUUUAGUGAAGUUGUAUCACAGAUCACAAUUAAAUAUAAAUCUUCAGCCAUUGGCAACUGGACGAGCCAAUGACAUAACUGGUAGUUUGACUAUUUCCAGAGGUUCUGUUCCUGUCGAGUCUAUAAUUCCAGGCUUGAGGGUGGUUGAAAACGAAUAUAUUUAUCAUGUUACUAAAGAUGCAAGUAUCAAACUAUUCUAUAGGUGA